CGGUCCCCGCGCGCUGCCCGCCCCGGAGGAGCGCGGGCCCCCCUGAAGCCCGGUCCCCGCAGCACCGCCGCCACUUUCUGCAUGACUGUCACAAAGAUGUCCUGGCGUCCGCAGUACCGCAGCUCCAAGUUCCGGAAUGUGUAUGGGAAGGUGGCCAACAGGGAGCACUGCUUCGACGGGAUCCCCAUCACCAAGAACGUGCAUGACAACCAUUUCUGUGCCGUCAACGCCCGCUUCCUGGCCACUGUCACCGAGAGCGCCGGAGGUGGCUCCUUCCUGGUCAUCCCCCUGGAGCAGACAGGCAGGAUUGAACCUAACUACCCCAAAGUGUGCGGCCACCAGGGCAAUGUGCUGGACAUCAAGUGGAAUCCCUUCAUCGACAACAUCAUCGCCUCGUGCUCCGAAGACACUUCGGUGCGGAUCUGGGAGAUUCCUGAGGGCGGGCUGAAACGGAACAUGACCGAGGCACUCCUGGAGCUGCACGGGCACAGCCGACGAGUAGGGUUGGUGGAAUGGCACCCUACCACCAACAACAUCCUGUUCAGUGCUGGCUAUGACUACAAGAUCCUCAUCUGGAACCUGGACGUGGGCGAGGCCGUGAAGAUGAUCGACUGUCACAAGGACGUGAUCCUCUGCAUGUCCUUCAACACGGACGGCGGACUGCUCACCACCACGUGCAAGGACAAGAAACUGCGCGUGAUCGAGCCCCGCUCGGGCCGUGUUCUGCAGGAGGCAAACUGCAAAAACCACCGAGUGAACCGGGUGGUGUUCCUGGGCAACAUGAAGCGUCUUCUCACGACAGGGGUCUCCAGGUGGAACACCAGGCAGAUCGCCCUCUGGGACCAGGAGGACCUGUCCAUGCCGCUGAUUGAGGAGGAGAUCGAUGGUCUCUCUGGCCUCCUGUUUCCCUUCUAUGACGCUGACACCCACAUGCUCUACCUGGCUGGAAAGGGGGAUGGCAACAUCCGCUACUAUGAGAUCAGCACGGAGAAACCCUACCUGAGUUACCUCAUGGAGUUCCGCUCCCCUGCCCCUCAGAAAGGCCUAGGGGUCAUGCCCAAACACGGGUUGGAUGUGUCAGCCUGCGAGGUCUUCCGAUUCUACAAGCUGGUGACACUCAAGGGCCUGAUUGAGCCCAUCUCCAUGAUUGUACCCCGGAGGUCAGAUUCCUACCAGGAGGACAUUUACCCCAUGACACCAGGCACGGAGCCAGCUCUGACCCCGGAUGAGUGGCUGAAAGGCAUCAACCGAGAUCCUGUGCUGAUGUCUUUGAAGGAUGGCUAUAAGAAGUCUUCAAAAGUGGUAUUUAAAGCCCCCAUCAGAGAAAAGAAGAGUGUGGUAGUCAACGGCAUAGAUUUAUUAGAAAACGUCCCACCCAGGACAGAGAACGAGCUGCUCCGCGUCUUCUUCCGGCAGCAGGACGAGAUCCGGCGGCUGAAGGAGGAGCUGGCCCAGAAGGACAUCCGCCUGCGGCAGCUGCAGCUGGAACUGAAAAACCUGCGCAACAGCCCCAAGAACUGCUAGCCCCGCCGUGGGGGGCUGUUUUCUACACUGAGCGCUCUGUUCUUUCUACUCGCCCCUUAACUGACCUCCUCCAACCCCCCCCCCCCCCGCCCACCCGCCCACUUUAAUCCAGUGAGCCCAGAGACCGAGACUGGAGCUGGGGGCCAGCUGGUGGACCCCACCUACCACCUCAAGAACUGGAAGCUGACCCGUGACCUCACGCUAAUACUAGUCCCCAGCCUUUUCUGGACACCCUUGCCCUUUGCUGGCAACCCCUUGCCCCUCCUCCACCCCAGGAGCCAGGCUCCCUGUUGGUUGACUCCCCAGAGGGGCGUCCUCCAGGGAGCAAGGGCGGGGGGGGGGAGGGGGGAGCAGGGUUACAGCUGGACUUAAAACUUGAACUUUUCCCCCACAGAGGAGCUGCCAGGACCCUGGGACGGGGGGCUUAAGCAUCACUGCGGAAGUACAGUGAGGAAUAGACCGGGGGUAGGGCGGCUCCUCCCCCCUCCCCCUCACUGGGCUGCCCUACAACACCCCAAGUCUCCUGACCCAAGGGUGAGCAGCCAGCAGCCCUCUCCCUUCCGUCUUGUCCCCUCCCCUGCCCCUCUUGUCUUCAGGGAAUGAAGAGGAUUCUCCAAGGCCAUAACGACCCCUUGUCCUCUCCGCCCCCACACACAGUUCUCUUCUAAGCUCUUGCACACUCUUUCCCCAAAUUUCUAAGCCAGGCAGGGUAGGGGACUAAUGUCCCCCAUUUGUCAAGUGACAGAACUGAAGGUUGCAAUCAGGAAGCGACUUGCUGAGUAACCCAUGGGUCAGCAGUAGAUUAAGAACCAGGACCCUGGGCAUCUCAGCCCUAAGACCAAGGCCCACCCCACUGGAUUGAGAUGCCAAUCCCACGGUGGGCUUCAUCAGAACAGGAACAGGGAGCCACUUCUACUGUCCUGCCCAACAUCGGUAGUGCCAAUGUGUCCUUCACGCUCCGUGCCCCUGGACCCUCCUGGCCGGUAUCCUUGGUUCUCACCCCAUGAGGCCUCUCCCUUCAGGAAGCCGAGGUUGAGAAGGGUGGAGCUCAGUCCUGGGACUGGCAGAGCAAGGGUCUGCUGGCCCUGGGGACACGCUGCACGUGUCUCUCCCUGCCCCUAUCUCGGCCACUUUCAGCCUUACGUACACAGAAUGACCACAGCCACUCCAUCCACAUAGCACUUUAAACGUUUACACCGUUCUCUGACACAUAGGAUCUCGUGAACUCUCACGCCGGCUCCAUCUUCCAGUGGCGGAAACAGAGAAGUGGCCCGAGCGGACCACGACUCUGACAUGCCGCGGUUCCUUUGGUCUUCUGCAUGCUUCCCUCCCCUCCCCCACUUCCUCCUUUUCUCAUCCCAUUUCCCAUUAACCAUAGAGUCUGAACACACUGCUGUCAGAAUAGUCACCUUUUGGGGUGGGGGAUAUCAGGGGAUCAAGAAAAGGAGUGUCCACUCUUCUGUGUCUCUGGACACUCUAUGCCUGCCCUUCCUGUAACCACCCUGCAGAACUUCCCAUCUACGGAGGCCCUCCGGAGGAGCUGAGAGGGGACAGCCCGCAGCCCCAGGGUCUCUCCUGUGGGACCUUCCUCCCCUCAGCCAGCUGAAGCGGCCAUCUCCUCUCCCCACCCCCACGGCUAGACGGCUCUCAUCGCCUCCCCCACUCUACUGGGGCUUUUCUUUCUCCCCAUCGACCUUUGUGGUCCUCUGUGAUUAUUUAUGCUGCCUCCCAAGGAUAGAAUUGAAAUAAAAUGUUUUCAUCUUAUCAAA